AUGAGCGAAAAAGAGGGAGUUUGGGAGGAUCGGGAAGUUAAAUUUGACAUUCCAAAUGUACACAAAAAAAUCCGUGGCGGAGAAAAAAUUUAUGAAAUUCUCGAUCAUAUCGAAGACACAAAAGGUAAUCCUGGAGAUCGGGGACGCUUGUUAGUGACUAAUAUCAGGCUCAUAUGGUACGCCAUCAACAAUUCUCGGUUCACUUUGACCAUUGGAUACUCAAAUAUCAGCACGAUGAACACAAAAACCGUCGUUUCUCGCCUUCGUGGGACAACUCAAGCACUUUACAUCCUAACUGUCAACAACAAUUCCCGUUUUGAAUUUAUUUUUACGAAUCUCACACUCACAAGUCGUCAGAAUUUCGGUACCGUAUUCGAUGUUUAUCGCUUGUAUCAGGCAUCGCCGUUGUAUCGAGAGCUAAAACUGCGUGGCGCGAUCAUCCAAAAUGGGCAAUUGCUCGUUUUGCCACAAGAACAAGUCUUUAAUUCAAUUGCUGGCGUUUAUAAUUUGUCGAGUGAUCAGGGAAAUUUGGGAACUUUUGCCAUCAGUAACAUUCGAAUUGUUUGGUUUGCCGACAUGAAUGAGAGUUUUAAUAUUUCGUUGCCUUAUAUGCAGGUUUCAAAUAUAAAAAUUCGGGAAUCGAAGUAUGGACCAGCGCUUGUGAUACAAACGACAGAUUCAGGAGGGUCUUAUGUGUUGGGAUUUCGAAUUGAUCCUCCGGAAAAAUUGACGGAAGUUUUUAAGGAAUUGAGUUCUUUGUACAGUAUUUAUAGCGAAGCACCGAUUUUUGGCGUUUUUUAUGAACAAAAACAAAAAAACGAAACAAAAGAAGACACAUUUUCAGCAUCUGACUUUGAAGAAAUCGACACAAAAGAAACAGCAAUAAACAGUAAAUUCACAGCGUAUUUAGCAGAAGGCUCAGGAACUGCCAACAAACGUCGCGAUGUCUUUUUCUGCAAAGAAUUAGGAUUCGCGAUGGAAAAAUUAAAAGACGGUUACACUUUAAAGGAUUUGUGGGAAGUAAUUCCGUCGUCAUCGAAUCAAUAUCCAUAAAAAAAUUUCGAGAAACGGAACUUAAAAAAUGUAAAAAUUAUUUUUUUUUGCAACAUCGAAUUUGAAUUCGUACAAAAGAAGAAGAAGAUUGACAAAAACAGUCGAAAA